AUGUCCUUAGUUAAGAAGUAUGGGAAGCCUGAUUUGUUCCUUACAAUGACGUGCAAUCCUAAUUGGCCAGAGAUUAAACAAGAGUUGGCUGUCGGAGAGGAGGCACAAAACCGGCCAGAUUUAGUUUCAAGGAUUUUCCGUGCUAAACUGAUAGCGCUAAAACACCAUAUCAUGAAAAAAAAAAUAUUUGGUGAAGUUGCUGCUAUGAUAUAUGUUGUUGAGUUCCAGAAACGGGGGUUGCGGCACGCUCAUUUCCUUGUUAUCCUUAAACCCAAUUCUAAGAUUAGAAGCCCUGCUGACUUUGAUAAGUUUGUUUCUGCUGAGAUCCCUCCUCUUGCCAACCCUCACUUGAGGAAGAUUGUUCUUCAACACAUGAUGCAUGGCCCAUGUGGACAACUGAACCCUGAUUGUGCGUGCAUGAAACGGAAAGGUAAUGAGGGGCACUGCAAGUAUGGAUAUCCGAAAAAAUUUGCUGCCGAGACAACUAACAGCAGCGAUGGAUACCCACUUUAUAAAAGGAUAGAUACUGGAGAAAGUGUUUGUAUUCGCAGGGUUAAUAUGGAUAACAGGUCAGUUAUUCCGUAUAACCCGUACCUAUCAUCACUUUUUGAUUGCCACUUAAACGUUGAGGUUUGUUCGACCAUAAUGGCAGUCAAAUACCUGUACAAAUAUGUGUACAAGGGCCAUGACAGGAUCUCAUUCAACGUGCAGGAUGGUAGCACUGCUAUUGUUGAUGAGAUACAACAGUACCAGGCUGGGAGGUGGGUUUCCCCGUGUGAGGCAGCAUGGAGAAUUUUCGGGUUCGAUCUGUUUGAGAUGUUUCCAUCGGUGUUGCCUCUGCAAAUACAUCUGCCUAACUUGCAGACAAUCCAGGUAAUGCCUCAUGAGAAUUUAGACGAGAUCAUUUUAAAUGAUAAAAGAUCUCGAACUCAACUUACAGAAUUCUUUAGGAUGAAUGCUGCCACACCUGAUGGAACGGGCUAUACAUAUGCAGAAUUUCCAGAGCAUUAUAAGUGGGAGGGUAAAGAAUGGAAAAAAAGAAGCAACAAGACCGUUGUUGUUGGCAGGCUCACUUUUGUAGCACCUGCUGAAGGGGAACGUUACUUCCUCAUAUUAUUACUGAUGCAUGUGGAUAGCCCGCGAUCCUUUGAUCAUCUCCGAACUGUUGAUGGAUAUAAGUGUGCCACUUUUCAGGAGACAGCUCUGCGGCUGAAAUUACUAGAGGAAGACAACGCUGUCGACUUGUGCUUAGCUGAAGCGUGUGAAGUGCAAAUGCCGACUGCAUUCCGACAGCUCUUUUCAACAGUGCUGAUCUUCUGCCAGCCAAGUGACCCCAAUGCCCUCUGGUUAAAAUACUACGACGCUCUCUCUGAAGAUUAUAGGCACCAGUAUCCGAGUUCUGAUAGCAGGUCAAGGGAGCUCACUGUUAGAUCUGUUGAGCAAUCUCUUGAAGCAAUGGGGAAAUCAUUUAGAGACUUUGGCCUACAACAUUUAAAUGAUUUUCAAGAUGAAGAGUUCAGGCGAACAAAAGACAUUAUCGAUGCACUUGAUGCACCGAUACCUCGGGACUGUAUUGAUGCCCGUAACACAUUAAACCAAGCACAGCAGGAGGCAUUUGACAGCAUUAUUGACCACGUUCUUAAAGGGAAACCUGGUGCAUUCUUCAUAGACGGGCCCGGAGGAACAGGUAAAACCUUCCUAUACAAUGCUCUCUAUGCAGAGGUUCGUUUGAUGAACAAGAUUGUCCUACCAACUGCGACAUCUGGAAUUGCAGCAUCAAAUAUACCUUCUGGGAGGACUGCUCACUCUCGGUUUAAAAUACCGAUAGAUUCUGAUGCUUCCCUUGCUUGCGAUGUUCCUAAACAAGGCAGUCUUGCAUGUUUACUAAAAGAGACAUCGUUGAUUAUUUGGGACGAAGCUUCAAUGGCAAGGAAAGAAAAUGUUGAGUCAUUAGACAUGCUUCUACGAGACUUGUGUGAUGAGAAUACCCUUUUUGGUGGCAAGCUUGUGGUUUUUGGUGGCGACUUCCGUCAGGUCCUGCCCGUCCUACCCCGCAAAACACAGCGAGAAGCUGUUGCUGCUAGCUUAGUGAGUUCUGUUCUUUGGCCUCGGUUCAUUAGGUUCAAUCUCACUGAAAAUGUUCGGGCAAGAGAAGAUCCCUACUUUUCUGCGUUUUUGCUUUCUCUUGGAAAUGGUGAGCUGCAAACCGGCGAGAAUGACCUUGUGCAAUUGCCAAUGCAGAUAGUACACCCAUCUGAGGUCGCUUCUGAUCCUAUUGCCGAACUUACUGCAAUUGCAUUUCCCGAGGUAGAUGUUUGCAGGUCCACCCCAGGCAAUUUCACAACAACGGCUAUACUGACCCCCCUGAAUGAAGAUGUUGAUGAUAUCAAUGCUACCCUGAUAGACAAAUUCCCUGGAGAAUCUGUUAUGUACAGGAGUUUUGAUACAGUUCUUGAUGAUAAUAGCGCGAUCUAUCCUCCUGAAUUUAUACACACCCUCUGCCCAGGUGGAAUGAGCCCAUACAAGCUCGUCUUGAAGAAAAAUUGUCCAGUUCUUCUGCUUCGCAAUAUCCUGCCUUCGUCUGGCCUGUGCAAUGGGACACGUAUGAUAUGCAAGAAUUUCUACCCGAAUCUGAUUGAAUGCAUGAUCACGACUGGGCAGCACAGCGGAAGCCAUGUUUUUAUACCCCGAAUUAGGCUUCGGCCGUCUGCAUCUUCCAAUUAUCCUUUCCAAUUUCAGAGGAAACAAUUCCCUAUAAAACUAAGCUUUGCAAUGACGAUAAACAAGUCACAAGGGCAAACACUAAGCCAAGUCUCCAUCUAUCUUCCCCAGCCGUGUUUCUCCCAUGGUCAGCUUUAUGUGGCAUUGUCUCGUGCUAGAAAAGCAUGUAACGUCAAAGUUGUUUCAAAACAAUCUCCGGGACACCAACCUGAGCACCAUGUUAGAAAUGUCAUCUCUUAUGAUGUGCUCAGAUUAGCCGCUUGCUUUGUUAUUAUUCUUGUACGGCUUACUGUAACCAAACAUGUUCAUGCCAUGCAGUUGUUGCUCCUUUUUGUGCCUUUUGGUUUGUGCUGCAAAUAUGCCCGUGAAAAACAGCCCACCUGUGUAGAAAAUCAUGCAAGCACAUGCAUUCUAAUGUCAUCUGCAGAUCAAGAAAUUUUUGGUGUUCAUAUAUGCCAAGUGAGGGCUCUGAUAGCUCAUACAACCUCAUAUUAUUCUUUCUUAUUUUGUGAGUCCCUUUGUGUUCUACUCUCAUUAUUAAAGCACCUAAGCUCAAGCGAUUGGCCUCUUCCAAAGGUGUUUGUUUUUUUCUCAGGAAAUAAAAAACCAGCAGACCACAGUACAUGGUCAUACCCAUUAGAGAGAUGUAGCACCCUCUAUUCAGUCCCAAUCUUUUACAACCUAAGCAGAAUUUUACAGCUUCCUCUCCACAAUCAGAAUCUGCAGUUUGUCAGAGUUAGUUCUAAGAUGCUGCUUAUUUCUCAAGCAGCAGUUGGUGUUGAUUUUUCCUCUGAAUCUGUCAACACAUAG